AUAAGGGAAAUUAUGGGCUACAUCCCUACCGCCAUUUUGCUCAGCACGCUAUGUGAGGAUCACAUACCAAAGCGUUGCGAAUAUUUAUUCUAUUUCGUUUUUAAGAGGACGAAAUAGCUCAUAAUGGAGGCCGUUAGAGCUUUCAACAAUGAGCUCUCCUCAUUAUAUGAGGUUCGGCCUCCUAUUUCACGUGCCAAAAUGGCUAAUGUCACUAAAUGUGCCAUAAAGGCCAUCAAGUUCUACAAGCAUGUGGUUCAGAGUGUGGAGAAGUUCAUUCAAAAGUGUAAACCAGAGUACAAAGUUCCCGGUUUGUAUGUGAUAGACUCCAUAAUCAGACAGUCCCGCCACCAGUUCGGUUCGGACAAAGAUGCGUUCGCCCCAAGGUUUACCAAGAAUAUAGUCUCAACGUUCCAGAAUCUGUUUAAAUGUCCACCAGAUGAGAAGAGCAAAGUUGUCCGGGUACUUAACCUUUGGCAGAAGAAUUGUGUCCUACCAGUGGAUGUGAUUCAACCAUUACUGGAUCUUGCUGCUGAGCCCAAUAAUGUUGACAGGGUGUUAACUGCUCAACGUGCUGUGGAGAAGGUGGUCACAGCACACCAGCAGAAGAGCCAUGGUGGGCCGGGGGCGGGGCCAGGGCCAGCACAUGCAGGGGGCAGCUCCAACAUGGAGGCCAAGCCAGCCCCACAGGAUGUGCUGGCCACACAGAAUGACAUGCUGGCUACUGUCACCAAGCUACUGCAGCAGACUGAUGAGCAGGGUGCAACCAGCCUGAGCUCCCAGCAGCAUCAACUGCAGCAGCUGCACAUUCUACAGCAGCAGCUGAUGCAACAGACCGAGCUGAUGCAGAAACCACAAGAAGCUGGGCCCAUCAUAGACAACAACCUACUGGCACAGAUUCAGACACUUACCAACCAGCUCCUCAGCAAGACUGGAGGAGAGGGGAAGGGGCCGCCAGAGCCAGGCUUCAACAAGAAACUGCUAGACUUUGACUAUGGUGAGAGUGAUGAAGAGGAUGAGAGGAGGGAGGGUGGAGGUCACCAGGGAGGAAUUCCUGGGUACGGCAAUGUUCAGAACAUCCUGAAUGACCCCACCAUCAUGCAGCACAUUCACCAGAUGUCACAGUCCCUGCAGAAGUCGGGGCAGCUGCAGUCCGACAUGGCCACCCAGGAGCAGCUGCACAAGAAGAUGCUGCUGCAGCAACAGGAGGAAUUUGACAAGGAAAUCAAUCAGGGCCAUAAAGGGGCGUUUGUGCCUAUCGGAAUGGACAUGCCACAGACCAUCCCGUACGGUAAUCUGAAUCAAUCCCACGGGGAAGAAAUGGAUCUGGAUACCAGUCACGACGAGAAGAAAGAUGACGACCACGAUCAUCGCCGUAGCUCGCAUAGGUCCAGGGAUAGGUCACGGUCUCCGAAAAAACGCAAGAGGUCUCGUUCAAGAUCACGUGAGCGACGGCGGAGGUCAAGGUCAAGGGAUAGGCAUCGAAGGUCAAGAUCUCGUGACCGAGACAGAGAACGCCAGAAAGAAAAGGAGAAGGAACGCCGGAAAAAGGGCUUGCCUAUUAUCAAAGAAAAACAUAUUAGUGUGUGUAGUACGACUUUGUGGAUAGGUCAUAUAUCCAAGUAUACUACAGAAGAGGAACUGAGAGAAGAAAUAGAAAAAUAUGGUGUUGUAGAAUCUGUAAAUAUGAUUCCCCCAAGGGGAUGUGCGUAUGUGUGUAUGGCGAGAAGAAAAGAUGCCUAUAAGGCUGUUGAAAAGAUGGCUCGAGGUUGCAAGAUAAAUGGGAGUACUAUUAGAAUUGCGUUUGCUCCUGGAAUUGGUGUGAAGGGUAAUGAGUACAAGGAGGGCUGGCAUGCAGAGCUGGGAGUUACUUACAUUGCAUGGAAUAAACUGCCACUCGAGAUUAACCCUCUUUGUGAAGGAGGCAUGAUCGACGAGGACUCCCUGCCCACACACCUCCGAGGUAUGAAGUUCGGUCGGCAGGAGGAGCCUGAUCAGGACAGCCAGGGAGCCCCAGUGCAAGCUGAGCCAGCCCAGCAGACCAUACAAGCUCAGCCACAGUUCGGGGGACCUAUGCAAGGGGUGGUGCCGGUGAUGACACACAUGAUGCCACCAGUGAUGAUGCCAGUGCCUGGUCAGAUGCCCCCAGGCCAGAUGCCUCCCGGGCAGUUACAGCCUGGCCAGAUGCCCCCCGGCCCGAUGCCACCACGGCAAAUAGGCGCCGGUCAGCUCCAACAGGGUCAGAUGCCUCAAGGUCAGCUAGCCCCGGGGCAAAUGCCACCCGGAUUGCCGCCUCAGAUUUGUCUGCCCCAAGGUCCAGCCCCAUCGCAAGCUCAGACAAUUCCACAUCCAGGAUCAUUAGGCACCAUGCCUGGUGGUCUGAGACCACCAGCCCAGGCAAUGACCGUUGUGUCCCUUAGUAGCAAGCCAUUGGAGACUGCUAGUGCUCAGCUAAGUCAGGCCAUCCACAACAUAAUGUCAACAUCCAUCCCAACCCCUGGUAUUCAGCAACCACCUCGAGGAGCUCCACGUCCUGGCUUCCCUCCUCAACAUGGAAGCUUCCCCAGCUUCAACCCAAAUGUGCCUCCCCCAAAUUUCCGAAUGCCAAUGCCAGGGACCCCUGUCAGGCUACCAUUUAGUGCUCCCAGCCAGCCUGUGAAGCCAGCUGAUGAUAAUGAAAGUGAUAAAGGAAUGGACUGGAGUGGUGACAAUGAACCUGAAGACACAGAUGAACGAAUGGGUGGUUCAGGUCCUGUAACUGGCUUCCCUCCUCGUCAACCCUUCGGACCACCAGGUUCUCAAAACAUGCCAACUUCUCAAGCCGUGUCACUACCAUCACUGAUGGGAAGCCCAAUGGGGCAUGGUCCACGACCACUAAUAUCUAUCGCUCAGAUGCCAGGAAUGCCACCUCGGCCUCAAAUGACCAGACCAAGCUUAAUGGGUCCUGGUGACCAACAAGGAAUUGUGCUUCAAGGACCGCCUGGUACCCCAACACGUCCACCAGGACCAGGACCGCCUGUGACUCUAACGGGGCCAGGUGGACCAUUAAUGCCAGGUGGACCUCGAGGUCCAGCUGUUGGUCUGAGUCCAAGAGGGUUCCCAGGGCCUGGUGGGCCCCGACCUGGUCUGUUAGGUUUCAGACCGGGACUCCCAGGACAAGGGUUCAGGUUUGCCUCCCCACAAGGUGGGCCCCCAGGAGCACCACCGAACUUUAGGGGACCUAGACCUCCAUUUGGUAUGGGACCUGCCCCUGAUAUGGACAGACCAUUCCAGGAUGGGCCACCAGGUGUAGAUGGGCCUGAGUUUAAUCAUGGUGAGAAAAUGGAGAGGUUUGGGGGUAGUGGAAGACCUCCACCUCUUAUGAGUUUAGAAACUGAAAUGGACAGGUGGAACUCCAAUGAGAGGAGGAGUUCUGGUGAAAAUAUGCAACAAAGUGGUUUUAGAAGAGACUUUGAUCAAGAUGAUGAUGAAUUCAACGAAAACAGAUUUGGUCGGGACCGUGACAUGGGAAGAGAUAUGGGUCGAGAUCGUGAUAGGGGGAGAGAAUUCAGAGGUCGAGAACCUGGUAGAGAACCUGGUAGAGACAGAGGAGGAUUCGGGCAGGGUGGUCAGUUCUUGUACAGAGAUAGAAAUGACCGCAGUCCUAGAAGUGAACGCAGCAGUGGUCCUGAACGUGGCAGUGGUGGUCCUGAGCGUGGCAGUGGUGGUCCUGAGCGUGGCAGUGGUGGCCCUGAGCGUGGCAGUGGUGGCCCUGAGCGUGGCGGUGGUGGCCCUGAGCGUGGCGGGGGUGGCCCUGAGCGUGGCGGGGGUGGCCCUGAGCGUGGCGGUGGUCCCGAUCGUGAAAGAGAUCGUGAAAGGGACAGAGACUAUGAAAGAGAUAGAGACAGAGAUCGUGAUCGUGAUAGAGACAGGAGAGGUGGACGCCAUGAUGAGAGAGAUCACCGUGACAGGAGAGAUCGUUCUAGAGAUCGAGACGCUGAAACAAAACCAAGCACAAGGACAAGAGAUCGGUCCAAUCGCCAGAGUAGAUGGAGUCAAGUUGUCCAGGGAGAGGAUGAUGCUGCCCCUGCAGUGGCUGAAGCUAAUUCAGGAGUAGCGGAAACGGGUGGUGAGAACUCCAAUAAUUCUGCCGCCCCUCCAGCUGCAGCACCUGCCAUUCCUCCAAGUGAAGCUGGUGUAGCUUCACAACCACCUGUUGGAGAUGCUAAGGAUGUGACACCGACUGAGGGGCUUGCUGCACCAGUAGAUACUCCUGCCCCAGCAGAUGCUUCUGCAGGUACACAGGAACCGUCACAAGAGAGGUCUGUACCAGCACAGGAUACAACAGAGGCAGAAUCUUCUCAAGUCACUGAAUCCUCUGCUCCCACUGUAGAUAAACCCAGUGAAGACUCGCACGUUCCUGAAGCUGCUGCAAAACUUGAAUCUUCUGCAGCACAAGAGUCUAGCACUGUGUCUGAACCAAUCCAAACAUCAGGUGAAGAUGUAUCAAAAUUAGAUUCCAAACCCAAUCUAGAGACACAAAGUAAUUCAGUUCCUGUUAAUCAUGGAGAUUCUAACAACCAUCAUGCAAAUCUAGUUGAUUCAUCAAGUGUGCAUGACGCACACCAAGACACUGUUAGCAAUCAUGAUAUUACAAAGGACAAUGGUGAUGUCCACUCAUCACAGAGUAUACCCGAAAGCACACCCCUAGUAGAGACUACAAAUGGGCCUGAUGCACUGGACUCUGAAAUGAAUAAUGGUCCUAUUGAGCCUGUGAAAGUAGUUAAGGACAUUGAGGAGCCUGAAGCAGACGAUGUUGUCACACCACCAGGGGAUACAGAGACUGAGGGCACAGUAGCUAGCUAGUGUCGUUGCUCCCUCGUGGAUGUGUUCGUGUGAUCUGUGUGUUCCCAACUGUGCUUCUAGAAUCAUCUUGUUCAUCACUCGUCUCAUCUUCAUAUUGUAAUUAUGCUGUAUCCAAAGGAUGAAUGAUGUUGUCUUCAGAUUGCUGCAGACACUGUAUUAAUUUGUACAUAUUGUGAAAGUUGUUGUUUUAUCUGAUGAUUUGAAUGACAACACAAAUUCUAAGUACACUGAGAGAUUUUUAUUACAAGAUGCAGUUUUACUCUUCAAAUCAUGCUAUGAUCAGGAAAGACUUGUUUAAAAAAGCCAUUUCAAGAUUUUUUUUUAUCUUCAAUAAACUCCCAUCCUAUGUU